ACCAGCCUGAGAAGACUGCCCAGCUGUUGCUGAGACUGGCUGCUGGAGGAGAGAGGAAAGCCACCUGCAAGUACGGACCCUGGCACCGGCCACCAUCUGCGGCGCUGCCUUGAGCAUCCUCUGUCGCUCGCGCAGCAAAGCCAACUGCAAAAGGCAAGCGAAUAAACGCAAGGCCAGGACUCCUGCAGCUCUCCCUGUGCCCCUCGCUUGUGCGGCAGACGCUAGUGGAGAACCAGCACGGAGCUGACUGAGCCGCCGUAGGUGAGGGGCCGCGUCCCCACCCGCUCAGGCCGGCGCGCCCCGCACGGAUCCCGCCUGCUGCCGCGACUGCAGCCCCGGCACCAUGACCACUCCGCGCGCUGCGGUUACAGACUGUGUUUUUGUACCUGCCUCCCAAAGCUAACUUCAGCAUGCUCAAAAGAAAGCAGAGUUCCAGGGUGGAAGCCCAGCCAGUUACUGACUUUGGUCCUGAUGAAUCUCUAUCAGACAAUGCUGACAUACUCUGGAUUAAUAAGCCAUGGGUUCACUCUCUGCUGCGCAUUUGUGCCAUCAUCAGCGUCAUCUCAGUGUGCAUGAACACACCUAUGACCUUCGAGCACUAUCCUCCUCUUCAGUAUGUGACCUUCACCUUGGACACUUUAUUGAUGUUCCUCUAUACCGCAGAGAUGAUAGCAAAGAUGCACAUACGGGGAAUUGUCAAGGGUGAUAGCUCCUAUGUGAAGGAUCGCUGGUGUGUUUUUGAUGGAUUCAUGGUCUUUUGCCUUUGGGUAUCUCUUGUGUUACAGGUGUUUGAAAUAGCUGACAUAGUUGAUCAGAUGUCACCUUGGGGCAUGCUGCGGAUCCCACGGCCACUCAUUAUGAUCCGGGCUUUCAGGAUUUAUUUCCGAUUUGAACUGCCAAGGACAAGAAUUACAAACAUUUUAAAGCGGUCAGGAGAACAAAUAUGGAGUGUUUCAAUUUUCCUCCUUUUCUUCCUUCUUCUGUAUGGAAUUUUAGGAGUUCAAAUGUUUGGAACAUUUACCUACCACUGUGUAGUCAAUGACACAAAGCCAGGAAAUGUAACCUGGAAUAGCUUAGCUAUUCCAGAUACGCACUGCUCCCCAGAGCUAGAAGAAGGCUAUCAGUGCCCUCCAGGAUUUAAAUGCAUGGACCUGGAAGACCUGGGACUUAGCAGGCAAGAGCUGGGCUACAGUGGCUUUAAUGAGAUAGGCACGAGUAUAUUCACAGUCUAUGAGGCUUCAUCUCAGGAAGGCUGGGUAUUCCUCAUGUACAGAGCAAUCGACAGUUUCCCCCGCUGGCGCUCCUACUUCUACUUCAUCACACUGAUUUUCUUCCUUGCUUGGCUUGUCAAGAAUGUGUUUAUUGCUGUCAUCAUUGAGACAUUUGCAGAAAUCAGAGUACAGUUUCAACAAAUGUGGGGAACUCGGAGCAGCACAACUUCUACCGCCACCACACAGAUGUUCCAUGAAGAUGCCGCUGGUGGUUGGCAGCUGGUAGCUGUGGAUGUCAACAAGCCCCAGGGACGUGCCCCAGCCUGCCUACAGAAAAUGAUGCGGUCAUCGGUUUUCCACAUGUUUAUCCUGAGCAUGGUGACUGUGGAUGUAAUAGUUGCUGCCAGCAAUUACUACAAGGGAGAGAACUUCAGAAGGCAGUAUGAUGAAUUCUACCUUGCAGAGGUGGCUUUUACAGUACUUUUCGACCUGGAAGCACUUCUGAAGAUAUGGUGCUUGGGGUUUACUGGCUACAUCAGCUCAUCUCUCCACAAGUUUGAACUACUGCUUGUUAUUGGGACGACUCUGCAUGUGUACCCAGAUCUUUAUCAUUCUCAGUUUACAUACUUCCAGGUUCUGCGGGUAGUCCGGCUUAUUAAGAUUUCCCCAGCAUUGGAAGACUUUGUGUACAAGAUAUUUGGUCCUGGGAAAAAACUUGGAAGCUUGGUGGUGUUCACUGCCAGCCUCCUGAUAGUUAUGUCAGCCAUCAGUUUACAGAUGUUCUGCUUCGUCGAAGAACUGGACAGAUUCACCACGUUUCCAAGGGCAUUUAUGUCUAUGUUCCAGAUCCUCACCCAGGAAGGAUGGGUGGAUGUGAUGGAUCAGACUCUGAAUGCUGUGGGGCAUAUGUGGGCACCACUGGUUGCCAUCUAUUUCAUCCUCUAUCAUCUCUUUGCAACUCUGAUCCUCCUGAGUUUGUUUGUUGCUGUUAUUUUGGACAACUUAGAACUUGAUGAAGAUCUAAAGAAGCUCAAACAAUUAAAGCAAAGUGAAGCGAACGCGGACACCAAAGAAAAACUCCCUUUGCGCUUGAGAAUCUUCGAAAAGUUCCCAAACAGACCGCAAAUGGUGAAAAUCUCAAAACUUCCUUCAGAUUUUACAGUUCCUAAGAUCAGGGAAAGCUUCAUGAAGCAGUUCAUUGACCGCCAGCAACAGGACACCUGCUGUCUCUUCAGAAUCCUCCCUUCUACCUCUUCCUCAUCAUGUGACAACCCCAAGAAGCCCGCCGCUGAAGACAACAAAUACAUUGAUCAAAAACUCCGCAAGUCUGUUUUCAGCAUAAGGGCAAGGAACCUACUGGAAAAGGAGACCGCAGUCACAAAAAUCUUAAGAGCUUGCACUCGACAGCGCAUGCUGAGCGGAUCAUUCGAGGGGCAGCCAGCAAAGGAGAGGUCGAUCCUCAGCGUGCAGCAUCACAUCCGCCAGGAGCGCAGGUCACUAAGACAUGGAUCCAACAGCCAGAGGAUCAGCAGGGGCAAAUCGCUUGAAACUUUAACUCAAGACCAUUCAAAUACAGUGCGCUACAGAAACGCACAAAGAGAAGACAGCGAGAUAAAGAUGAUUCAGGAGAAGAAAGAACAAGCCGAGAUGAAAAGGAAGGUGCAAGAAGAGGAGCUGCGAGAGAACCACCCAUACUUUGACAAGCCUCUCUUCAUCGUGGGGCGGGAGCACAGGUUCAGAAACUUCUGCCGCGUGGUGGUUCGAGCACGCUUCAAUGCAUCCAAAACAGACCCUGUCACAGGAGCUGUGAAAAAUACAAAGUACCACCAACUUUAUGAUUUGCUGGGACUUGUCACCUACCUGGACUGGGUCAUGAUCACUGUAACCAUCUGCUCUUGCAUUUCUAUGAUGUUCGAAUCCCCCUUCCGGAGAGUCAUGCAUGCACCCACUUUACAGAUCGCAGAAUAUGUAUUUGUGAUAUUCAUGAGCAUUGAGCUUAAUCUGAAGAUUAUGGCAGAUGGCUUGUUUUUCACUCCAACUGCUGUCAUCAGGGACUUUGGUGGCGUCAUGGACAUAUUUAUCUAUCUUGUGAGUUUGAUAUUUCUUUGUUGGAUGCCUCAAAAUGUGCCUGCUGAGUCAGGAGCCCAGCUACUGAUGGUUCUUCGGUGCCUAAGACCUCUUCGGAUAUUCAAACUCGUGCCCCAAAUGAGGAAAGUGGUUCGAGAACUUUUCAGUGGUUUCAAGGAAAUAUUUUUGGUCUCCAUUCUGUUGUUGACGUUAAUGCUUGUUUUUGCAAGCUUUGGGGUUCAGCUCUUUGCUGGAAAGUUAGCCAAGUGCAAUGACCCCAACAUUAUCAGAAGGGAAGACUGUAAUGGCAUCUUCAGAAUUAAUGUAAGUGUGUCCAAGAACUUAAAUUUAAAACUAAGACCUGGAGAGAAAAAACCUGGAUUUUGGGUGCCCCGUGUUUGGGCAAAUCCUCGGAACUUUAACUUUGACAAUGUGGGAAAUGCCAUGCUGGCAUUAUUUGAAGUUCUGUCCUUGAAAGGCUGGGUAGAAGUGAGGGAUGUCAUUAUUCAUCGUGUGGGGCCGAUCCAUGGAAUCUAUAUUCAUGUUUUCGUAUUCCUGGGUUGCAUGAUUGGACUGACGCUUUUUGUCGGUGUAGUUAUUGCUAACUUCAAUGAAAACAAGGGGACAGCCCUGCUGACGGUAGAUCAGAGAAGAUGGGAAGAUCUCAAGAGCAGAUUGAAGAUCGCACAGCCUCUUCAUCUCCCACCUCGACCGGAUAAUGAUGGUUUUAGAGCUAAAAUGUAUGACAUAACCCAGCAUCCAUUUUUUAAGAGGACAAUUGCAUUGCUGGUUCUGGCCCAGUCUGUGUUGCUAUCUGUCAAGUGGGAUGUUGAGGAUCCUGUGACAGUUCCUUUGGCAACAAUGUCGGUUGUCUUCACCUUCAUUUUUGUCUUAGAGGUUACAAUGAAAAUCAUAGCAAUGUCACCAGCUGGGUUCUGGCAAAGCAGAAGAAACCGAUAUGAUCUCUUGGUGACAUCUCUUGGUGUUGUGUGGGUGGUGCUUCACUUUGCUCUGCUGAAUGCAUACACCUACAUGAUGGGAGCCUGUGUGAUUGUCUUUAGAUUUUUCUCCAUCUGUGGAAAGCAUGUGACAUUAAAGAUGCUCCUUCUGACUGUGGUUGUCAGCAUGUACAAGAGCUUCUUUAUCAUCGUAGGAAUGUUUCUCUUGCUGCUGUGCUAUGCCUUUGCUGGAGUUGUUCUGUUUGGUACCGUAAAGUAUGGAGAGAACAUUAACAGGCAUGCCAAUUUUUCUUCAGCUGGCAAAGCCAUUACUGUAUUGUUUCGAAUUGUCACAGGUGAAGACUGGAACAAGAUAAUGCAUGAUUGUAUGGUUCAGCCUCCAUUUUGUACUCCAGAUGAAUUUACAUACUGGGCAACAGACUGUGGCAAUUAUGCAGGGGCACUUAUGUACUUCUGCUCCUUCUAUGUCAUCAUCGCCUACAUCAUGCUGAAUCUGCUUGUAGCCAUAAUUGUGGAGAAUUUCUCUUUGUUUUAUUCCACUGAAGAGGACCAGCUUUUGAGUUACAAUGAUCUUCGCCAUUUUCAAAUUAUAUGGAACAUGGUAGAUGAUAAAAGAGAGGGUGUGAUCCCCACUUUCCGAGUGAAGUUCCUGCUACGGCUGCUGCGUGGGAGGCUGGAAGUGGACCUUGAUAAAGACAAGCUCCUGUUUAAGCAUAUGUGCUAUGAGAUGGAGAGGCUGCACAACGGUGGUGAUGUCACCUUCCAUGAUGUCUUAAGCAUGCUGUCCUACCGCUCUGUAGACAUCAGAAAGAGCCUGCAGCUAGAGGAGCUGCUGGCAAGGGAGCAGCUAGAGUACACCAUAGAGGAGGAGGUGGCUAAGCAGACUAUUCGCAUGUGGCUGAAGAAGUGCUUGAAACGCAUCCGGGCUAAACAACAGCAGUCAUGCAGCAUCAUCCACAGCCUGAGAGAGAGCCAGCAGCAAGAGCGGAGCCGGUUAUUCCUGAAUCCUCCCAGCAUUGAGACGACCCAGCCAAGUGAGGACACUAACGCCAACAGCCAGGACCACAGUAUGCAACCUGAGACAAGCAGUCAGCAGCAGCUCUUAAGCCCUACUCUGUCAGACAGAGGAGGAAGCCGACAGGAUGCAGCAGAUACUGGAAAACCCCAAAGGAAGAUUGGGCAAUGGCGUCUGCCCUCAGCUGCCAUCGCUGAGAAGACGGCACCUGUUAACAAAAUGAGCGGUUACAGCCAAGAUCCAGAAAGAGAGGAGGAAGAGGUUUCCAAGGGCUUCCUGGCCCCCAAACCAAUAAGCCAUUCUGUGUCUUCGGUUAACCUACGGUUUGGAGGAAGGACCACAAUGAAGUCUGUGGUCUGCAAGAUGAACCCCAUGCCAGACACAGCUUCCUGUGGCUCUGAAGUUAAAAAGUGGUGGACCAGACAGCUGACCGUGGAGAGCGAUGAGAGUGGAGAUGAUCUCUUGGAUAUCUAGAUGGGAAGCAGGACAUAGGGGGUCACAGGGUGAAAACUAUAGCUAAUAGCUUCUUUUAUCAUUGGGAGAGAGCAAACUGUAAUUGCUAAACACUAAAUUCCACCCAAGCAUGGGAUUUUCAGAAUUGAUUUUUGUUCAUUUAUUGGAAUGGUCUCUCAAAGAGUAUGAUGUUUUAGAUUAUUGUCAUGUAUUAAAGAAAAUGUGGGACUUGGGAGAUAAGUCAGUGAAAGAUCUCUUGUUCAACCUGUGCAAACCCCUAUGUUUGAAUCCCAGAAAUACAAGAAAAGAAAGAAAAUAUGUAUAAAGCAGUAUUGAUAAUAUUAGAAGCUGCAUUAACAGUAGAGUAUAUUAUAUAUCCAUGUAUUCUGUCUGUGUAAAGUAAGCUGUAUUCAUCUGCACUCUCAUGUGUUAUUACUACCCCUCUCAAAGAGUGCUAAGCCCAAACUGGCCCAUAUUUAUAGUACAGGAGUUAUAGCUAUAGUUCACUUUUUCCCCAUUUCCAAUAGAUAUACUUCCCUUGGGAGAAAUUAUUUAUGAUUGAUCUGAAAAGGUCAGUACUGUGCUCGUGCUAAAAUGAUAGCAGCUUCAAAACUACAGAUUUUGAAUUUUUUAAAAGCACAUUCUUUUUCUUUGUGUUUUUUUUUUUAAUGCUUAAUGUUAAAAAAAAUCAGGACCGUUUUAUUUCUGUUUUCAAGUACUCUAAUGAAAUUGUUGCCUGCUUCCAAGAAAGUUAUGUGUGUAGAUACCAUGUAAAGGAAUUGGCUACAGAUGCUAUUGGUAUAUAACCAACUUGUAGAUGUAUUACUUCAUGAACUUGAUGAAACAAAAAUGUCUUGAAAUCUUUAAAAAAAAAUCCUUUAAAUAACUCAAUUUAGAAAACAGAAUAAACAUGUUAGGGUCAACCUGGCUAAAAGUUUACACUUGAGAGAUUAUUGUGGACUUCAUGGAUUGUCCUUGCUGUAGCCAUUUUGCUAUGAAUCAACAGGAGCAUUAUGGGUUGGCUUUAAUACACCAUUUCAAUGCUAGAUUCAAAAUAAUUUCCCUGCUCUCAGGAUUAACUAUUGAAAUAACAGAAGGGUGCAAAAACCUCACUCUAAACCCCACUGAAAAUACCACAAUGUAAUUGUGCAUUUUCCCUCAUGCCAAUGGUCCAUGUCCUCUGGGAAAAGUGGAAAUACAAAACUAUUGGAAAGCACUGAUAGACCCUGCCUGGGCAGGGUCUCCCCUGAGUUAUCAAUUUCAUAUUUGAUGAUCAGAAUAUUUUAAGAGAUUGAGUGUGUAAAAAUUCCCUGGUGCCUAGGUUGCUUUAUGCUAUCCUUUUCUCUAUUUAACCUUGUUCAAUAGCCAAAUAUCGCAUCCUUCCUACACAGAAGUAAUGAUGUAAUGUGCCCAUCUACUGCUUAUAUGAUUACUUGUGACUACUAGACAAUAGGCAAUUCCAGUUUGUGCAGCCAAGGGGAAUUUUUAUUGGGUUUUAUGUUUGUUCAGAAUUUGAUUUUUGAAUAUAAAAACAAAAUAAAAAUCUGAUUUGUAAAAGAAUUUAUUGUGACCU